GAGCUUAAAUAAUAAUAUUAUAAUAAUUAUAAUAAUUUUGAUAAAAAUUUAUGAACAUAUUUUUCUUGAUAAUUUUUUCGUAAAAUGAUCGAUAUGACGAGUAACGGAAAGGCGAUUUUUGAAUUUACAUUUCCAGAUGACGCGCUAAAUGAUGAUCAUCCGGUAUUUUCACCACCUUUUGCAACAUCAAAUGAUACGUUUUGGCAAUUAAAAUUUUACAAGGCAGAUCCUGAUAAUCGUGCAUGUAGUGUUUUAUAUUUAAUUGCGAUUCCAAAUCACGAAGAAGCUUUGACUACAAAUAUUUGGGAGAAACGUGCAAAAUUAUCAGUCAUGUUAUACAUUAAAAGUGAACAAUAUGAAAAAUUUAAUCCUAUUAAAACUGAUAAAUAUUCCGUGAGAUCUUAUUCCUGGGGUGUAAACUUUCCUUUAUUGAAAAAUAAUCAAACAGUUAACGUUGGUAUUAUUUUUUCUGAUACUACAAUCGAAAGAAAUCAAGUCAAUUCGGAAAUUAUCUUCUCAGAUCAAGUUUCGAAGGAAUUAAUGUCAACAUGGAUGGGACAAAUUAAUAAUAUGGAAAAUGCAAAUAUUCAAUUAAACUUCAACGAUGGAUUCAUCCUUACUCAUAAAUCGGUUCUUAUUAAACGUUCAGAAUAUUUUCGUAAAUUUUUUCAUGAUACAAAAGAAUCAAAAGAAAAGAAGAGAAAACUUGAUAUGAAUCAAAAUUUUAUUAUUAUUAAUAUUCCGGAUUAUUCACGUCAAACAUAUUAUGAAGUAAUUAAAUUUAUGUAUACGGAUAAAAUCGAAUUUAGUAAUAUUAUUCCAUUCGAAAUUUUUAAAAUAGCUGAUUAUUAUCUUAUACCGGAUUUAAGGCAAAAAGCUAGAAUAGAAAUCUAUAAAAGAUUACAUUUUGAUAAUGUGGUUAAAGUUUUAUUUAGUGAGGGUUAUAAAUGGAAGGAUUUGAAAGAUGAUAUGGUUGAUUAUAUUGUUAGUCAUUUUGAUAGAAUUAAAGAUACCCCAGAAUAUAAAUUACUUGCUGUAGAUAACAGAAGUCAUCCAGCUAUAGUUGUACUAAUGCAGGAGAUUAUAGCAAAUCUUUUUUAUAAAAAAUCUACAAAGUAGAUAUAUGAUUGGUUUGAAAAUAAUAAAGACUAGUAUCAUAAUAGAAAUUUAAGAUCUACAAUACUUUAAUUAUAUCAUUAAACUAAUUUAGAUGAUAAGAUGCAUCAAUAGUAAAAUUCGCACCAA